AUCCUCCCACCAUCAGCCCUCAGUUUCCUGCUCUUUCACUCCGACAUGAGCUUCAGUCCACACGUCAACUUACUGAACUUCAACUACAGGGAUUUAUAUUUUCUACAAUUCUGGAGUUCGGGAAAGAGUUUAUUCAUUUGCCUUCUCGGUGUCCGCAGAUAUAAUUGCUGAUGGAGACAUUGGAAAUCCCUAACUGGCAUUAUAGCUCUGUCAUGCCAGUUUGGGUUUUGUGUGUUUUGCUUUUAUCUCUGAUUCAUCAAACAGAGCAGAAUGGGCAUCUACCUCCUGUUAAAAAUGUAACACUGCAUCCAGAAGAAAAUGACAAGGGUACAUGGGUGUUGAACGUUGCAUGGAGAGAUGAGUUUGUUGAAAAUGCCGAAUCUGAGAAAAGCAUUUAUGAUAUAGAAGUACUUCGCACUGAGCAAAUGAUGAGGGUUCACCAUGAGACAAUAUAUGUGAAGGCAGACCCAACAAUCCACCAUCACUGGAAAUGGACAUCGCCUCUACCAUUGCAGUGCACCUCCCAUUCCGUCAGAUUGAGACGCCGAGAUCAACAUCAGACUGGCAACUGGUCAGCAUUAUACACUUACAAAGGACAAGAUCUAAAUGCCUCAAGCGCAGCUGUCUAUCCACAAAACGAAUAUUUCCCGGUUGGGAGCAACAUCAGUUUUUGUUGCAUCUUGACGGCAGAGAAUGUUCCAUCGUUCAGUUCCUCUUUGUUUAAAAUUCGCAUCAGCAACAGGACCGUCAUCACAGAACCACUUCAAUUUCACAGCACAAUCAGACCAAGAAUCUUACAUUGUGAUGAUCAUAAUCGUGUAGGGACCACUGUUUUCAUAGGCUAUCCCCCUGAUGACCAGAAUCUCACGUGUGUCACACAAGAUCUCAGCUCUGUUCAAUGUUACUGGGACAGUGGUCGAGAAACUCAACUUCUGGGACGAAAAGGAGAGACUAAGUACACACUUAAUGGAAGUCUGUGUGUCCAACCUGAAAACAAUGAGACCAGUUGGACCCUGACUGCCCAAAAUCCACUUGGCGUGAAGAUAAUCAGUGAUACAGCAGACCCCCUACAUAGAGUGUGGUUGAAAAAACCUAAGAACAUAUUAUCCAAUGUUAAUGAAAGAAAUGCCACUCUUCAGUGGAGCUGGGACGAGCAAAAAUACAAUUCCUUUUCAAUGAUAUGUCAAGUGGAACUCAAUGGACACAUUUACAAUAAAACCUUCAUUGGAACGGGACUCAAAUCAUUUGUCGUUGAAGAUCUACAGCCUGUCACUGAUUACAGAGCUAAAGUGCAUUGUGGGUCUUCAGAGCACUUCUACAUGUGGAGUGAAUGGAGUGAAAUGACCCACUUCAGAACCAAAGAGGACAUUCCAGAACCAGUGGAUGUUUGGAUGCAAUAUUUAGGAGAAAGUACAUAUGUUAUAUGUAAGCAUUUAACAAAAAGUCAUGGGGUUCUUACGGGCUACGAAGUUACCAUCACUGACACUAAAAACAAGACAAGCAGCAACCACGUAGGACCGAAUACCAAAUGCUACAGUGUCAGCUCUGAAAAUGAAACAGGAAAUCAAAUGAUCUCAGUCUCAGCCAAAAACUCAGCUGGUCUGUCUCUGCCUGCCAGCAUCAUCAUCACACGCUAUCCUGGCAGUAGAGUCAAUAUAAGUCGUAUCAAUGGCAAUAACGGUGGCUUUGAUAUAGUUUGGUUGGAAAGCUCCAGUUCCACUUGUGGCUAUGUUGUUGACUGGGUUCCAACCUACAGUCACGAAAAAUGUGCUGUGCAAUGGAAGAGGAUCCCAGCUGGUCACUCAAACACAAGGAUUGAGUCAAAGUUUUUAAAGGAAGGAGUCAGAUAUAACGUUUCAGUCUACAGCUGCACUGCUGGUGCUCCACAGCUUCUGCAGCGAGGAGAGGGUUAUGCUGUAGAGAAAAAGCCAUUCGAAAAAGUUGGGAAUAUCAAAGGUCAGUCGAAUGGAAGAAAUCUUGUGCUCUCCUGGGAAACAUUGCCAUUAGACAAGCAUGGAGGCUUCCUGCUGGGUUACAAAGUUAAAAUUUUCUAUUAUGAUUCCAAUACAACUGAGGAACCAUCUGAAACAAAAAACACUACAGUUCAUUUGAAAUUAAAUCUUGGAUCCUACGCUAUCAAGGUUUCAGCAUUUACAUCUGCAGGGGAAGGUGAUAUUGCCACAUUCCACGGAAGAAUAGAGGAAGACAGUUUGUUUCUCGAAAUGAUUCUGGCCGCAGUUUUGGGUUCCAUCAUAGCAGCUUUUGCGCUUACCAUCAUUACAUUUGUUUGCUUCAAAUCGAGACAGCGGUUAAAGAAAAAGUUGUACCCAGAUAUACCUAAACCAAAACUUUCUGGGCAAUGGACUAAAAAGGGGAUUAUUUGCUCUGAGAUGACUGAAAAAGAUUUGAAUUGUGAAAUCCAUGAGGUUCACAGUAUAGAAUGUACUGCACUAGACGUCGAAGAUGGCACUCUCCUCAUCAGAUCUACUUCCAUAUUACUUCCAGCUAAUAGCCUCUACCAGACACUUUCGGAAUUCCCAGUUGUUUCGUCCUUUAGUCCUGUAACAUCUUUUAUCACCUUGGAUCCCAUUUCAUCACAGCCCUUCAUUCAAAAUCUUAUAUCAGCUAUUGAAAACCCAACAUAUAAUUUUAUCUCACAACAAUCAGUUCAUAUGUCCCUUUUAUCGGAACCCACACUGGAAAUGGACGAUUCUUACCUACCGACUCCUAACAAUGUUCAUAAUACUUUUCAGAACAAAGACUCUUAGGAUACCAAGACCCAUAUGUCCUACUCCUAAAUAGUGUGUUUGAAAAUAAUGUAAACUUGAUGUGUAUAUGAAAUUUGCCAGUAUAAACUUUGCUGUGAUUGUUUUGUAUAGUA